CAGACAUAUUUACUCUCUCAGUUUAGAUAAUCGUUUCAGUGGUAUUAUUCAACCAAUAUGGGUGACAAUAGAAUGUCUUGCGACUUGACAAAAACAAUGAUCCUUAUUGAGAUGCUUUUCUCUAAGACAUUUUCGAAUCCAGAUAUUCAAUGGUCAGGAACAACCUUUAACCGCGAUCAUUUCAGUUCAGAUCACGAGGCAGAGCAGCAAACCGUGGAUGGUAAAUUAAAAAUUACAGCCAAGUUUAACAAGUCACUGAUAUUCUUAGACUUUAUGAAAACAAUGCUGAAAAUACUUGAUGUCAUAUCGGAAACCAUAGUAAAGAACUGUAUUCGCUGUAUUCUAGGGAAAUCGCAUAUCAAACGAUGGGAAGUACCAUAUAUUCAUGAAAGCGAAGAUGACACCACCACUGAUGCUAAAGUAAAUGACCCUAAAAAGAGCCGAUUUUGGGAGAUUACCAAGUACGUCGAUGACGCAGGAAUAACUACAAAAAUGACAUUUUCGCUUAAAUAUUGUGGACUUUUUAAACCGAUCUUUGACGAAUCAGAACUGAAACAAAUGUACAUGAAGCAGAUCGAACUCAUUAAAUCGAUUAUCCCCGAAGCUGACUUUGAAGUACUAGGAGAUGAUCCAUUUCCAUCUGAGAGGUGGACUUUCGAUACUUAUGACGAGGGACUAGAUUUGACACUCUCUGCAGAACUAAUCAAAGCGUGUUUUUAA